AUGUCUUCCUUAAGGCCUAGCUCAAUACCAGUUCCGCACACCCUGGAUGUGCAUCAUGUACCAAUCCAUCCUGGUGGCUCUCCUGCUGCUACCAGUGACAUCUCUGCCAGUACCUUUAACAAUUUGGGUAAUAUGCAUUCUGUUCUGGUCAACAGCGCCAACAACAAUCCAGGAGGCAACAAUAACAACAACAAUCUUCCUCAUAGUCACUCACACAGCCACACACACGGCCACGGACACUCUCACACUAUAGGAGAAAUGGCCACUGCAGAUAUAAGCGGAACUCCGUCAUCUCCCUGGAUGUUGGGUUCCACAGAUAACAUUGUGAAGGGGUUGCCUCCUGGUCCCACGGGAGGAGGAAUUCCCGUACAUUCCUCUUAUCCCCCAUCUAGCCUUCACUCAAACACAAUGCUUUCGCAGUCUCCCUCCAUGCCAAUGUCAGUUCUACCACAGCAGUUGCAGCAACAGCAGCAGCAACACAGGCAUUAUCAGUAUCAUGGUCACCCCCAGUCUUUGCCACAUCACGCGCAUCAGCAUCAGCACCAACACGCACAUCAGACACCGACCCCACCGGAUAACUUUCAUUGGAAUGGAGGAGCCAGGAGUUUACCCCACAAUUUGCCACCUCCGCCACAAAUGAUACGGCCCAUGUCUCUGGGACAGCAGCAGCAACAGCCACCACAGCAGCACUAUGAUCAUAGCCACGGACACUCUCAUCAUUCGUCACAUCAUUCUUCGCAUCACGCACAGCCUCCACAGCCGUCACCUAUGAUUCAGGGUGGCGGGGGUGCUGCUAUUGGGUUAUCAGGAGAAGCGGCAGGACCACCCGAUAGCUUAAACGGGAACAGUCCUCAUCACAACAACAACAGUGCCAACAAUAAUAUUAUGAUCAAGAACAGUGGUUCCAUGAGCAAUCUGAAUGAUGGCAACAGUAGCAAUAACCUCGCUACCAACAAUUUGGCCAUGCUUUCGGCAGCACUUCAUUCCCAAAAGUCGCUCUACCAAGAAAAAAUAUUUCAUCAACCUUCACAAUCGGUAGAAGCUGUGCUAGGUGCCGGUUGUGAAGUUAUGGGAUUUGAUAUCGCGGAAGUGUGGCUACGGACGGGACCCAAGACACACCAAUUGACCAAUUCGCAUCUGCGGCCAACGGCCUUGGAGGACUCCUUACGAAAACAGUUGGUCGACGUCUACUACGGAGAAAAGUCCAGCGAAAGAACACAUCGUUUGUCACCGGCAUUGUGCAAAAGAGCGAAAGAGGCCAAUGAUUUGGUGUGGGUAACGGCGCACACGCCCCAUGGAGCCGAGGCUUUGCGGUGUAGCAUCAGUAAUGUGCGCACGGCAGUCGCGAUUCCAGUGUGCCACGAGGCAUCCAACACCAAUUUGACCAUCAUAUUCUUCUCGAUACGACGAAUCAUCAUGAGAACCACUGCUGUGGAAUUUCUAGUGCACAUAUCCUUGGGUGCUGCAGUAGCGGCUGUCAACUCGCUGGCAGAGGACGGACUGUUGGAUCGCCCUUCGGCAGGAGCUGCGGUAGAACCUGGAAUGGGGACAUCGCCUUCUCAGGGCCCUUCAAACUUUUCUCGGUCCGAGCAUACUCCCUCAACAAUCGAUAUGGAAGGAGCUGUUUCUACUGUGCGGCAUCAGCAAAUGGAAAAAGUUUCAAUCACUGGGGCAAGGUUGGACUUGCAGUGGAGAAUAUUGCAGAAUGUCGAGUACUUGACCGACGGUGGCAAUAGCUGGAUCCAUACGGCAGUAUACAAUGGCAAGCCUGUUGUGGUAAAAACGCUGAAACCAGAAUGCCAGGAUCUAGCACUCGCCAUCAACGAAAUCGAAAGCGAGCUCGCGAUCCAUUCUCGUUUGAACCAUCCGAAUAUUGUGAGCUUGCUUGGUGCUGGUACCACCAGCAAAGGCGUUCGGUUCGUGGUCCUAGAGCGCCUGGACGGGGGGACGCUCACACAGAUGCUAGGAUACGACACUCGGAUUCGAGACCGAAGGCGGAGAUUCUGGCGCAAGAAGCAAAUGUCGUAUCUGGAUGUGCUGAGAUGUGCUCGUUCGAUAGCGGAUGCAAUGGCGCACUGUCAUGAAUACGCUAUACCUGGAUCCAUGGUCCUUCACCGUGAUUUAAAACCUGACAACAUCGGUUUCUCGCUCGACGGGUCGGUGAAAGUGCUCGACUUUGGGUUGGCGCGGAUAGUCGAGAAUGCCGCUGUGAGCUCCAAUGAGGUGUACGCGAUGAGUGGCGAAACAGGAUCACUUCGUUACAUGGCGCCAGAGGUGGCGGAUGCAUUGCCAUACAACCACAAAGCUGAUGUCUACUCCUACGGAAUAAUUCUUUGGGAACUUAAUGCUGGGAAGAAGCCUUUUGAUGGUUUGAAUAGGGAAUUGUUCUAUGAAAGGGUGGUCCACGGAGGCGAAAGGCCACCGUUGCAAAAGAAGUGGCCGGAUGAGCUGAAGAAGCUGAUGACGGAUUGCUGGAGUGCUGACAUGGAAGUCCGACCAACCUUUGGAGAGAUUAUGCAGAAAAUUGACUCCAUGUUGGACAGUGAAAAGACAGGAGGCGCAGGAACCGGUACCAUGGUCAAAAAGAAGGUCACGAACACUGUCCGAAGGAUAUCUGGCAUGAUUGAUCGACACUCGACAUGGUUCUGA